AUGGCCCAAGUCGAUAUUCCCGCCUCAGACCCCGCGGUCUAUGCUCAAUAUCAGGAUAAAUGGGCUGCUCUGCCAGAGACGGCCGAGGCAUGGCUGGCCAGAGCUCGCGCGGUGGCCGAAGUUCUGGCCCAGGAUGCCGCACAGAGAGACCAAGAUAACAAGUCACCUCGCGCAGAGAUCUCACUGCUCAAGCAUUCGGGGCUCCUCAAGUUGCUCGGGCCGAAGAAGUACGGGGGUGGAGAGCAGCCCUGGAGCGUGGGAUAUCAAGCAAUUCGGGAAGUUGCCAAAGCAGAUGGGUCAAUUGGCAUGCUGCUCGGCUAUCAUCUGCUCUGGUCGACCACCGCCAAUAUUGUGGGCACACCAGAACAGGCCGAACGUACCCAGCAGUUAAUCAUCGCAAAUAACUACUUUGUCGGAGGUGCCGUCAACCCUCGUGACAAUGACCUCCAAAUCACCUCGGAUGGGGAUCAUCUAGUCUUCAAUGGUGCCAAGCACUUCAACACCGGCGGCGUGGUUUCCGAUCUGACCGUGCUGGAAGGCGUGCUGGACGGUACCGACGGCCAUAUCUUUGCGCUGGUGCCCACCACGCAGCCGGGAAUUGAAUUCGCCCAUAACUGGCACAAUAUCGGUCUCCGCUUGACGGAAUCCGGGGGCGUGAAGAUAAAUAAUAUCCGGGUGCCCUGGCAAGAUGCACUAGGCUGGGAUGAAGCCUUCAAGAAGCCCCGCGAGGACAUUCUAUUGAUUCCGUUUGCCAGUCUACUUUUGCCGACUAUCCAAUUGGUCUUUAGCAACUUUUACCUAGGAAUUGCCAUUGGCGCCUUGGAGUUUGCAUCCAAAUAUACGGCAUCUUCCACUCGCGCAUGGCCCUUUGGAGGCGAUACUAAGGAUUCUGCGACCGACGAGUUCUACAUCCUGGAGCGAUACGGGAACUUCUUCGCUCAUCUCCGGGCGGCCGAAGCCCUGGCAGAUCGGGCAGGUGAUCAGCUCUCAGCCCUCUAUGCUCGCUACUCGACGGAUCGAGCCACUCUCACCGCAGAUGAGCGAGGGGAAGUUGCUGAGUGGGUUGCCAGCGUCAAAGUGGUCACCACCGAUGUCGGGCUGCGCGUUUCGUCGGGAGUAUUCGAGGUAACUGGGGCUCGCGCCACGGCCCUUAAGGUCGGUCUUGACCGGUUCUGGCGUGAUAUUAGGACGCACUCGCUACAUGACCCUGUAGCGUACAAAAAUCGAGAACUCGGGCGGUUUGUGCUCUUGCAGGAGUACCCCGCGCCCACUUGGUACACCUAA